GCUUGAUAUGAUUUCAACGUUCUCCAAGUUGUGAAGACUCGUUUUGUGACCCAGCCUAUGAUCUUUCCUAGAGAUCGUCCAUGUGCACUUGGUGAAGAAGUGAGAAUUCGUGUACAUCUGAGGUGGGCCCAGUCCUGCGCCUUUAACUGGAAAGCCUGAGCCUUUGCCCCAAACCUCUCCUUCAGACCCGACACCGAGCAAAGUGAGAACAAGAAUGUGUUCUAUGUACCCAAACAGUCUAAAAUGAAAGCUUAUCACCAGGAACUGACGCAACACACAGGAACUGAAACUAUUUUCCUCCUGCUGCAAAUCAAUAAAGCGUAAAGUUCUCACCACACACUGACUCUCAGCUUCAGUGGAAGAGGAUGACGUUGGAUAUCAGGACAUGGGAAAAGACUUUUCAAAAACUAAUACAACAGGAGAAACCCUCAGCCAAGUGGACACUGAGACUGGAUGGGAACCUUAAGCCAGACUAUGUGUCCCCAGGAUGGAGGCAAUACCAACAGAGGGCAUUUGGCAGGUUCAGGUGCUCCUCAUGCCAGCGAAGCUGGGCUUCUGCCCAAGUGCAGGUCCUGUGUCACAUGUGCUGGGAUCACUGGACAUCCCAAGGCCUGGUGCUUAUGCGGCUCUUUGCUCAGAGGUGCCAGAAGUGCUCCUGGUCCCCUUAUCAGAUGCCUGAAUUCUCCACAGAUAGUUCCACGAGGAUUCUGAAAAACCUGGUGCAUCGUAUUCUGGAGAAAUACUAUGGCUAUGGAGUCAAGAAGUAUGCAGAGAUCCCAGUGGUUCAAGAGCUGCCUUUGGAGGGAUCCCAUGAUAUCGUAAAUUGCGAGGCAUGUGCUCUGGGCUUUUGUGCGAAGGGCUUACAAGAUUAUAUACCAGAGCCAUGCCAGUCCCUGCUCUCCUUUCCAAAUACUGAUAGCCCCUCGUCUCUAAUUGGUAAUGUGUAUGUUCAAAACCAAGAAAACAACCAGUCAGCUGAGACAGAGAGGGCUCCUGAGAAUCAGCAGAACUAUGAGCAUAACGGGUCUGUGCCCAGCCACAACCGGGAAAAGUUGGUCAUCUGCGUCUGUGUUUUUCUUUUUGCCUACUUUGUAACCAAAGGUUUUAAACUAAAAUGGUGAAGAUAGUCUUCUUUGUUCUUGUCUUAAUUCCAUGGCAACCAAUGAACUGGCUGCCAUUUUAAUAUGGCAGAGAAUUUAAGGCCAUGCAGGUUUCAGUUUUUAGAAUAAGCACUGGUUUCCUGAAUAUCCUCUGAAGAUAAUCUACAACAUGACCACACACCUAAGGAUCAAUAAUAAAUAUUUAUUUAAUCACUGAAAA